GGGCACGCACCCAGCCAGCUCAUCACCUUCCACCAGACGCCAGCUCACCACAUCCUUGCCACGACCACGCCAACAGCUGCAAUCGAGUCUGCUCGUCACGAGACGCCCCGUGAACCACAUCGCAAGUGCCGCGAUCGAUCGCAACACUCAGCGACAAGAUGCUCGUCUCGCUGACAGUCGGCAAGGUCGACGCCGGCGUCACGGUCCUUCUGACCCCAGACAAGCGCCUGAUCGAGUUCCCCUCGAUUCUCCUGCCUCCCAACAUCACCUCUGGCUCAAUUGUCGACAUCACCGUCGCAAGAAACAGCGCCGCCGAGUCGGCAGCCGACAAGCAGUUCUCCGCCCUCCAAGACCGCAUCUUUGGCGCAUUCGGCGCCGCCGAGCCCGCGACGCCGGUUCUCCGCUGCCGCAAUGCCACCCAGACGUCCGUUGUCCUCGAGUGGGAUCCCAUGGAGCUCGCCACGGCCAAUCUCAUCUCCCUCUCCCUCUUCCGCAAUGGCCAGAAGGCCGGCAACAUCCCGCGCCCGCUCCAGAUGCACAGCACCAAGAUCAGCGGCCUGGCCGUGGACACCGAGUACACCUUCCACCUGGUCUUGCGGACGACGGCUGGCACCUUCGCCUCGAAACAAGUCAAUGUCCGGACGCACAAGAUGACCGACUUGAGCGGUAUCACCAUCACCACGGGCAUCCUCCCCGCGGCUGCACGUGAGAACCUGAACAGCGCCGUGGAGCGCAUCGGCGCGAAGAUUGCAGACAGCGUGCGCAUCGACACCACACACUUCGUCACGACCGAGGGCCGCGGUGUGCCGUGGGAGAAGGCUGUUGAGAUGAACAUCCCCGUGGUCCGUCCCGAGUGGGUGGAGGCCUGCGAACGCAGCGGCAGGAUCCUUGGAGUUACCAAGUUCUAUCUCGACGCUGUACGGCCAGGUCCUGGUGAUGUCGACGAGGUCCGGAGCCCCCCGGUGCAAUCGCAGCCGGCAUCGAACUCGACACCGAGCACGACGACACUCAACAAGGAUAAAGAUUUACCUGCUGAGCCGGAAAAGGGCAAGGCAGAAGACGAUGAGGCGAGCAGUGCCACAGACCCCAGUGCGAGCAAGGUAGCAGGUAACAAUGAGGAUGAAGACGACGACGAAGAUGACGAAGACGAGCCCGAGAAGGCCAGAGCCGCCGACGCAGAGCAGAAAGUCCGCCUCGAGGACAAAGACACGCAGAAAGUCGCGCUGAGACCCGGCGGAGAGGCGUCACAAAACGGGGGAGGUAAUCCAAACCCAACAGCGCACCUGGAAGACGAGGACGAGAAGAGUGCGGCGCCGUCUCCAGGUGACGGGGCGUCCUUCCAGGACGUUGCCUUGUGAGCAGGGUGUACACUGCAGCCGUCACGUGGCUGGGAGAUUGAGGUCGACUCGUCAGCGAAACUGGACAAGAGCCAAGACAUGAUACUGCCAACACAUUUUACAUUCCAACGCCCUGCCUAUGUCGCUGUCAGAGUACGCAGAAAGAUUUCGGCUUCGCGUCCAGAUGAAAAGCAUCAGACUGGAGAGCGAUAGAGAAUAGACUACACGAUUAUAUCCGAGAAAAGAGAGCGUCUCUUCCAGGC